CAUAUUAUGAGAACGUAGACAUAACUUCGUAAAUAAGAACAAAUAGGUUAGUGUAAAAAAAAAAAAAUUUUUCAAUAUUGAAAAAUUAAAGUAUUCUAUUGCAUAAUCAAAAACGAGUAUUACGACAAUAUUCAACGAUAUUCUUUAAUUAUUGUUAAAAAUACAAAAGAUAACAUCGGAAUAACUUCAAGCAUUUGAGUGCCUCGUCUGUAAUAACAGCUAUAAAAUUUUAUAAUACAAUCAAUUCAAAUUGUAUAUCCAAUAAUGAUCAUUAAAAUAUUACAAUCAAAAUUAAAAUUAAUCAAAGAACCUCUCGUUCUUCUAAAACAAUGCAGCUCUAAUGUUAAUAAGAUAGCCGUGAAUGAUAGCAUUGAUAAUUUUAAAGAUUGGAAAAAAAACUUGCAUUCUACCCUAACAGUUUAUGAAAAUUAUCUUACUAUCGAGGAAGAAAAGUCUUUAUUGAAUGAAGUUGAUCCCUAUUUACAAAAUUUGAAAUAUGAAACUUCCCAUUGGGACGAUAUGAUUCAUGGUUAUCGUGAAACUGAAUAUUGCAAAUGGAAUGAAGAUAAUUUAAAAAUUAUAAAUAAAAUUAAAGAGAAAGCAUUUCCCUCGGACAUGGAACAGCUGAAACUAGUACAUGUAUUAGAUCUUGCGGAAGAUGGAUGGAUAAAGCCUCACGUUGAUAGUAUUAAAUUUUGUGGUGAAAUCAUUGCGACUGUAAGCUUAUUAAGUGACUGUGUUAUGCGCUUUACAUAUGUUGGUCACGAAGAAGAUUAUUGGGAUGAUUUCUUUAUUCCAAGAAGAUCAUUAUACAUUAUGAAAGGAGUUGCUCGUUAUAAAUACAAUCAUGAAAUUUUAUGUAAAAAAGAAUCUGUGUAUAAUGGAAAUAUUAUUGAUAAAACAAGACGUAUUUCAGUAAUAUGUAGAAGUAAACCGUAAUAAAAUGAAAGUGAAUUAUGUAUUAUUAAUGCAUA